AUGUUGGUCAUUCAAAAGUUUCCAUCAACUUUAGAAUUUCUAAGAUUAUCUCAUGACAAGAUUGAAGAUUUAACUUGCUUGGAAUUGAAAAAUUGUAUCAAAUUGAAAACCUUACUUUUGGAAAAAGUGACUGCACUGCAGAAACCAAAUGGAGCAGACGAAUUAAAAGAGCUAUUUUUAAAACUAGUAGGUACUGGAAAUACCGGCUAUGCACUGGUAACAACUUAUGAUUCAAAAGCUGUGUUCAGUGUCAAUAUAGGGGAGGUAGAUAUUGAUGAACUUCUAGAAAACUAA